AUGGAGGUGUCCACCGCGUCGCCGAUUCAUCCUCACCCCGACGGCCUCCCCGGCCAAAUGGCCCCGAUGCAUGCUCAUUCCGACUCGAUGGUGACCGUGCCUUUGCAAUCAAGUUCCGAACAUACCCAACCCGAAUGGCGCACCCUCGAUAUCCCCCAAACCCCGAUCGAUGCGACGACCCCUACCGUGGAAGAAAAUCCCGAGGCAGAAGAACGUGCAACGAGAUCAUCCACCCCAACCAUGGAGCGUUCCCAGCCCCUUCUCCAGCCGGUGGCCUAUCGAGAACCCAGCUGUUCUGCUUCGUCGCGGAGCAGUGAUGAAGUCGACCGUACCGAACAAGAUAUUGUUGAUUGGGAGGGAUUGGAGAAGUCCGAGGAGCAGGAGCCUCGAAAUGAGGGGUCCGAUGAGUCGACGGCUCUCUUACUCGCCCGCCUUGAACAAGAAAACAAUGCGCUCGCCACGAACCCCAAGUCGGGGUUGUCGAAAGUGGCGCAUUCCGGCCAUGUGCAACAACGGCCCUCCCGGUCGCAGUCUAUCAAACAGAUCAAGCGAUUGAUCAACGAUGAUCCGCGGUCGUCUCUGCGCUAUUCGCAGCUACCCGCUCCUCCCCCUAUGACGGAGUUGGAAUUCUGGGCGGCCUUGGUCCAAGAUUACCCCCAAACUGCACAGCGUCUGCCCACCUUGACAUCCAACAAGAUCCGUGGAGGUGUCCCACCUCCAUUGCGAGGUGUUGUGUGGCCCAGUAUUGCUGGAGCGCGCGAUGCGUCACUGCUCACCGAGUAUCAGCGACUCUGCACGGAAACGAGUCCCUACGAAGGCUUGAUCGGUAAGGAUAUCGGCCGCAGUUUUCCCAAUGUGGAAAUGUUUCGCGAUCCGCACGGGGAAGGACAGCAGAUGCUGGCCCGUGUCCUCAAAUGUUUUAGUCUGUACGACACCCAGAUUGGAUACUGUCAAGGUCUUGGGUUUGUCGUGGGACCCCUUUUGAUGCACAUGACCGAUGCGGAAGCGUUUUGUGUCCUCGUUCGACUAAUGGACCACUAUGAUCUACGGACCUGUUAUCUCCCUGAUCUCUCCGGUCUGCAUCUCCGUGUGUACCAGUUCCAGAAUCUCCUCUCCCGCCUGCGGCCUGCGUUAUUUGCACACUUGGAGUCCCUGAACGUCGAGCCAGUCUACGUAUCGCAAUGGUUCCUGUCCUUUUUUGCAGUGUCGUGUCCCCUUCCCAUGCUCCUUCGUAUCUACGAUGUCAUCUUCCUCGAAGGAGCGUGCGAGACGCUGAUGCGGGUCGCCCUCUCGCUGAUGCAGCGCAACGAAAAGAAGAUUCUCGCGUGCGCAGAGUUCGAGGAUGUCAUGCAACUACUAUUGUCGAGGAGUCUGUGGGAUACCUACGCAUGCCAUGCGGAUGACUUUGUCAACGACUUCGUCUCGUUGACAUCCCUGGUGACCAAGGAAAGCCUCCAAGCGCUUGAAGCCAGCUACAACCAAUCGCAGGGCAUUCCGACAGGCAUUUCGUUCCCACAAAUGCAGGCGGCCGCAUCGCGGUUCCUGGGUCGCUUCUGGGCCGGAUCGAGUUCCCAUAACUCUAUCAAGCUCAACCCCAGCGCCACCGCGGCAGUCCGCCGGUCGGCAUCGAAGCAGAGCAUGACGUCGACUCUCAACUCGGUCGAAUCGACCUCGGAUGCCAGCACCGCACCCACCGAACUCUCGACCGAAGCGCAGAAACCGCGCGCGAAAUCGACCAUGUCUACCCACAAGGACCGUGAUCUGCACACCCAGAUUGAAGAUCUCCUCAUGGCGCUCAGCGACCUGCAGCGCCAGCACGCCGAUCUCACCCGGUCGCUGCAGCAGGAGCGCGAAGAACGCGAGGAGGAUCAAUUGCUGGCCAAGUCUAUGCUGGAGUUCAUCAAGACUGCAGAGGACGCCCCCGCCGAUCUCGUCAGCAAAGCCGAAGCGCGAUUUACCCUUGCCGACUCCGCCAAGCGCGUCUCCAUCGACCAGACCAAACACCAGCUCCGCGACGACCUCAACCACUGGAAGGAAAUGCAUGCGGUCGAAUCCAGCCGCUGCCUCGACCUGACUCGUCGCAUUGACGAGCACGAACAGGAGAACUCGUCGCUGCGCGAGCAACUCCGCGAGGCGCGUGGGCGCAUCCAGGAGAGCUACCGCGAUCGCCAGCGGCUGGAGCGGAUGGUACGGGAACUCCGCGCCAUGAAGACACCUACGUCGGAAUCCCCAGCCGACUCCCCCACAAGUGAGCCAGGCGAAGGCGUCGCCGCGAACGGCCUGCGCCAGCUCAAGCUCGUGCGAUCAGGCUCGCAGCGGAGCACGUACAACAAGCGGUCGAGCAGUCUGGGGCUGCAGGGGGUACUGUCGACGGAGAAUAACAAGCCGGCGGCGGAGGAGGCGCUGCUGUUGGAACUGGUGAAUGCGAAAACGGCGGAGGCAGUGGCUAAGCAGGAGCUGGAGGAGGUUAAGGCGAAGCUGGAGGGGUUGCGGAAGAUGGUGGGCGGGGCGUCGCAACGCGGCCUGGCCCGCAGCGUGACGACGAUGGAGCCGCCGAGUCCGUCGCUGAGUCGGCCAGCAUCGACCCGGACGACGACCGAGCCGGCGGGAGGCGGGUUCUUUAGUGGAUGGGGACGGCGCGCGGUGUCGGCGACGAACGACCCGUGUGAGAAGCCGUGA